AUGUGGCGACGUUUGUACUGGACCAUCGCACUUUCCUGUCUCGUCGAAAGUCAAAGCCGUCUCUCUCAGGUGAACGAUCGUUCGGGCGAACACCUUCUCGCGGAUAUCUUGAGCAAAGUAUUACAAACAUCGCGAGCUAAUGAUGCUCUUCUCAUACUUCGAGAUUCGCUGCUGGACGGGCAAGCGAACGGUAUCCUCGGUGAAAUAGCCGCGGCGACAGCUCGACGCGUACCGACGCUUUACGUAAACGCGGAUCGGAUGAAGCCAGAGUUUCAGGUUUCUUCCUGGGCGAUGUCACGCGAUCUAGUCGUGUAUAUCUACGUCUCAGGGCGAGGGCCGGAUAUCGUCGAGGGCGAGCUCGUGGCCGAAGACACGAGGCGCCUCGUCCACGACCGCACCCGGCCCAAGGUACUCGUACUGAUGAUACUUCAUCGACCGUGUCGCGAUCUCGCAACGCUGUUCCGAGCGAUGUGGUCGAGGAAGAUCCUCGACGCGAUCGUCGUGGAAUACUCGAAAUUCGAGUGCUCCGACAAGUGGUCUACGAUCGUCCAUCGGUACAAUCCGUUCAACGACAGCCAUCACGAGGAACCAUAUUCCGCAGGUGUCGCAUGGUUCACGGAUGACUUCCCAAAUAUGCAGGGUUAUCCAUUCGUGUAUGCUUUUACCCGUCGGCCUCCGUAUAGCGAUAUCGUAUCAACGUCCAACGGACCGGAGCUGAAAGGCGUGGACAAGAUCUUGAGUGACGUUCUGGCGGAAAAAAUGAACUUUACCGGUGUGCCUAAAGUAAUAAAGAAGCCCAUAUAUUUCCAGAUAAUGCCUAAUGGCUCUCAGUAUGGCAUCCUGCCUGACUUAUCCUUCGGAAAGUAUGACGCCUUAUUGAUUUCGCUGCCGAUGUACGGAAAUUUACACAACUUACGAUACGCCGUGCAAUUCGCUAUACAGUACACCGAUCCUCUCUUCCUCGAGAAUUGGUGCUUCGUAGUGCCGAAGUUGCUGGCUAAGCAGCAGAAUUUCAUGGACGGCACUGCGAUUAGAUUGCUCCUUAUGAGUUUCUCGAUCGUAGGAAUCUUCUGGUUGUGCUCAAGAUUGAUGAAGUUCGAUCCGAGGAGAUGGUAUUUUCUGAGGAUCGUUGGUAUCAUAUUGGCCGCGUCCUUUCCACCGGCACCCACGAAGCGACACGAGCGAAUCGUCUUCCUCAGUAUUCUCGCUAUCUCCGCUUCCUAUUCCUCAAUAUUUUUCGCCGGGCUGACGAGCACCGGUUUCAAGAGCAACCGUUACGUUGAAUUUGAUCACCUGCAGGAUCUGACGAAUUCAGAUUUGGUGAUGGUGAUGCAAGAAAAUGUGCGGGACAUCGUCAGGCUGUACAACAACGUCUUCGAACGUCACAUACGCCAAUCAGGCAAGAAAGUUUUAAGGAUUUCCUCUACGGAAAUCUGUCUCAUGGAUCUGUUAAUGCACCAGAACGUCUCCUGCUUCAUGGAUGAAAAUUGGGCUAAACUAGUCGCCAUCAACAACAUGCGAAACGACGAGACCGUGAUGAAGACGACGAAGCUCUGUUAUCUGUCGCCACCGGUCGGUAAUGUUUUUCCGGAAGGAUCGCCUUACGUUAGACGUGUCAGCGAUUUAUUUCUAAUGCUCGCGUCGACAGGCCUUCGCGAUAAAUGGCAUCAUGAGUAUCUGAGAAACGAGACGAAGAGAACGAAGAAGAAGACGUUCCAAGCACGAUCGUCGUUACUACAUCGAGCCCGCCGACAGACCGGACAUUCACGCGGAACGCGACCACGCCGCGUCUUCACGCGUGAUCUACGACGCGAGGCUUCAUUUAAUAUCACUACUCGUCCCCCCCCCCGCCCCCCCCGGACGUUCGUCGUCGUCUGCUGUUGCGGUGCACUCAUCGAGGAUAACGUCAAAAAUAGCAGAUCGAGUUUGGACUUAGGGCGCAGUGUCAAGGCCAAGAGCUCAUCGCAUCUUGUGAUGACGGAUUCGACGACGGUGGUGCCCGUCGAAGGAUCGAGCCUUUAGUCUCUCCCCGGGCUCAC